ACUAUGAAGGCAGGCUUAGGCUUACAUAAGAUGAAGAGAAUAACCUCCACAAUUCCUCCUCUGAUUCUAUCUUUCACUGGUAAUUCCCUUCCUUUUUCAUUUUCUAAACUGCACAUUAUGCGUUUCAUUUCGAGUUAUUCUGCUGCUUCUGAUAAAUAUGUCAAUAUGGGUAUGUCUAAACCCACACAUCUCGAAAUAUUGAUCAUAAAUAAGUGUAAAUCAGGAUCCUUUGAGCUUGAUGAAUCUAUGGGUUUUUUCAAUUCCAUGAUUUCAAUGAGACCCUUGCCCUCGAUUGUGGCAUUCAACCAUCUGCUUGGAGCACUCUCCAAGAUGAAACACUAUCCACUCGUUGUUUCCAUGUGUAAACAGAUGAUGGGUUGUAGUGAAUUGCAACCUGAUAUCAUUGCAAUGAACAUUUGGCUCCGUUGUUUGUGCAAUUUGAAGAAAGUGGACUUAUGUUUUUCUGUGUUUGCUAUUAUUAUGAAACUUGGUCUUCAGCCUGACCCUUAUACCAUGAAUGCUCCGCUUUUUGGACUGAUUGAUGAGGGUAAGAUUAAGGAGGCAAUGGGAUUGUUUUGGAAAAUAUUGAAGAACGAUUAUCCGUGUAAUCAAUACACUUAUGGUAUUAUUAUCAGGGGACUUUGCAACUCGGGGAAUAUUCGUUUUGCAGUUGUUUUGCUGGUAAAGAUGAUUGCAAAUGGAAACUUUGAACCUGAUGUGAUAUGCUAUAAUACAAUUAUUGGUGGAUUUUGUCAAGAGAAACGCAUGGAUGAGGCUUUGAUUAUCUUUCAAUAUAUGUUAGAUAAGAGAAUUGAGCCAGAUGUUAUUACUUUUAGUUCCUUAAUCAAUGGUUUUUGCAGCAUUGGCCGAUGGGAUGAAGCAAAAUGUUUAUUAGUUGCCAUGGUUAACAAGGGGAUUUCUCCUGAUGCGUAUAUCUUAAAUGCUCUUAUUUCUCCACUUUGCAAGGAUGGGAAGAUCCAAGAAGCAAUAGCUCUGUUCUAUUUAAUGACCCAAAAGGGCAUAGAGCCUGAUGUUGCCACUUAUAAUAUGCUAAUUCGUGCCUUAUGCAAGUUUGGUGAGUGGAGACUGGCCACAGAAUUCUUCAAAAAUAUGAUUUCAUAUGAAAUUUCACCCGAUGUUAUAACUUUUAAUUCCAUGAUUGAUGUUUUAUGCAAGGAGGGGAAGUCAUCGAAGGCUAUGGAAAUUCUGGAAUGUGUCACCACCUACAAUUGUUGGAUACGUGGAUUGUGUGCACUUCAAAUAAAUGGACAGAAGCAACAAGCUUGCUCGAUAGUAUGAUGAACGAAAGUGUCCGUCCUGAUGUAGUGACUUUCAGUUCUUUAAUCGAUGCUUUAUGCAAGGAAAAGAGAACAGAAGAAGCCAUUUCCAUGUUGGAAAUAAUGAGUCAGAGAAAUGUAAA